ACGCCUUUUUUUUUUUCAGAAGGAAAAUUCAAAACCCUAAGCAACACCCAUAUUCAGAGGCAAAAUCAAGAGCAGGAAAAAGAGACAAUGGGAAUUGAGAAGGAAGUUUUGAGGCCUGGUACCGGUCCCAAACCGGUAGCCGGUCGUAAGGUCACCGUCCACUGCACUGGUUAUGGGAAAAAUGGUGAUCUAUCUAAGAAGUUUUGGAGCACAAAAGAUCCCGGGCAGCAACCGUUCACGUUCAAUAUUGGUCAAGGUUCUGUUAUAAAAGGAUGGGAUGAAGGUGUGAUGGGAAUGCAAGUGGGAGAAGUUGCUCGUCUUCGGUGUUCUCCGGAUUACGCUUAUGGACCAAGUGGAUUUCCUGCAUGGGGCAUACAGCCUAAUUCGGUUUUGGUUUUUGAGAUUGAAGUCCUUAGCGUGGAGUAACACCGUGCGAGUUGGCAUCGGACGGUGAGAAAUCCAUAAAGAAUUAUCACCUUGAACGCAACUUGCUUUAGACAUAAAUAUGCUAUAUUUGAAGGCAUAAUAAGUACUUUUAAGCAAGUAUUUUCCUGUGUCAAUGUGUCAACUAUUUCCUCAGCUUGUUCUAGACUGGGUAGACUUCUACUAUUAAUGAAAUCGUUACUCAGGUA